CACUGUAGCAGCAUGGUGUCGCCGCCACCUAGCGCCCGUCUGCACGCCGGCGCACUCCUGGCCGGCCUCGCCCGCCGCGCGACGUCCCCGGCGGCGGCGAGGCAGCUCCAAGCGCAGCUCCUCGUCCGGGGCCUCCCUCUCCCCGCCCGCGCCGCCGUCGCCCUCAUAGCCUCGUCCCAUUCUCCGCGCCACGCCCGCGCCGUCUUCGACAGCGCCGUCCCCGCUGCCUCUGAGAACGUCUACCUCUGGACCGCCACCAUCGCCGCUUACGCCAGGCACGCCUCGUCCUCACUGUCGGCGGCCGAGGGGGCGCUCGCGCUGUUCCGGCUCAUGCUCCGGCGCGGCGUCCCUCGCCCGAACGCCUUCACGGCGAGCUCCGUGGUCAGGUGCUGCUCGGCGCUGCGGGCCGUUCGAGAGGGGAUCCAGGUACACGGGUUCUUGUUCAGUGCCGGACUCGGACGCGCUUCGCACGUGGGCGCCGCGUUGGUUGACAUGUACGGCAGCCUUGGUCGAGUAGCGGAUGCGAGGAGGGUGUUCGACGAAAUGCCUUCCACAAACGUGGUGCUGGGGAAUACCAUGGUGGCGUGCUACGUCAGGGCAGGGGAUGUGGAGGCUGGGCGGGAUGUGUUUGACAGGAUGGCGGAAAGGGAUCCAAUCUCUUGGAACACGCUGAUGAUGGGGUACUUGCGGCAGGGGGAAGCAGGUGUGGCAAGGGACUUGUUUGAAGAGAUGCCGGACAGGAAUGUGAACAGCUGGAACAUGGUGAUUGCUGCAUGCUCGCAGGAGGGGUUGUGGGCUGAUGCGGUUGAAGUGUUCAAUCGGAUGCGCCUCGCAAGGUUCCAACCUGAUCCUGCCACGAUGGCUGUGCUGAUGUCAGCCUGUGCACAGCUUGGUUCUUUGUCAAUUGCAAGUCAAGUGCAUGGGAUUUUGAGGAAAGGCUGUGUCGAAAUGAACUUCCAUGUGCUGAAUUCAUUGAUCGACAUGUAUGCUAAAUGCGGUAGUGUCAGCCAAGCUCAUUUGUUGUUUGUUGAGACACGUCUAAAGGAUACAGUGUCUUACAAUGUGAUGAUCUGUGCUCUUGCACAACAUGGACAUGGUAGGGAUGCACUCCAGAUCUUUGAUGAGAUGUCUGAAGAAGGGUUGCAGCCAGAUGCGGUCACUUUUCUUGGUGUUUUGUCAGCUUGUGCUCAUGCUGGACUAGUUCAUGAUGGAAAGUUCUACUUUGAAUCUAUGAGAACAAAUUAUGCAAUUGAGCAAUCCCCGGAUCACUAUGCGUGCAUGGUGGAUCUCUAUGGCCGAGCUGGGCUCAUUGAAGAAGCAUACCAAUUAGCACGGGCAAUGCCAGUGAAACCACAUGCAGGUGUCUGGGGAGCCUUGAUCAAUGCCUGCAGGAAGCAUUGCAAUGUGGAAGUUGGUAAGGUUGCGGCGAGAGAACUCAUUGCCAUUGAACCUGGGAAUCCUGGAACCUAUGUACUCCUUGCCAACACGUUGGCUCGAGGUCAGCAAUGGGAUUUUGUUGAGACUGUGUGGCAAUCAAUGAGAGGAAAGGGAAUUGAGAAAACCGCAGGGUGCAGUUGGCUUGAAGUGGAUAGAGUUGUUCAUGAGUUCUUGAUGGGGGAGUCCAGCCACCCUAAUUCUGAUGAGAUUUACUGUAUCCUUGAGCAUCUAUAUCUGCAACUGACUUAAGUUUGGUCUUUUGCUGCAAAGGAGUCUAGAGACUAGAGGUGACCAUUUCUUAUGGUGGAUGCCUCCAUAUGCAGUGUCAGGGUGUACAAAGAAAUUUGUAUGUGUCAAUUUUAACAAGUAGGAGCCUGAGAUGUUGAAGGUUGUGACUUGAAAUGUAAACUUAUGGGAGCAGCUGCAUCAAGGAUGGUUUCAUUUCAUAACGGCUGAAGAUACAAUGCAGCGUACUUGAAAAUGUGACAAAUAGUGGUAUUCUGCAGAAUCCAUGACACAGAAGGACAAAACCAUGUCAAGGCUUCCAUUCAUCUAUAACUGCUCUCAUGAGUUGGAAGGUUUAGAUCCUGAAUCUCUAGUGGAGCUGACAUUUCGAGCUGGUGGAUCUUAAGGCAAGAUUAAUGCAGAUGAAUUCAGUGCUUCAGAUUUCUUGAUUUUAUCUUGGCACAACUAUGGAAAUCUAAAUAGAAGAAAAUUUGACACAAGAAACAUGAUUAUUUCUUGAAUUCAAUUUCUGAUAGUGAUAGAUGCAUUCAAACUUCAGAGUUUUUCUGAUACUCCAUUACUAGUAUGAUUCGAGGCCUUUUUGGCAGUAAGAGGGAGCACAUCGAGUCCAAGUUUGGUAUCAGCUCUACCUCUACCUCCUCUGUGAGAUGAUCCACGUCAAUGGCAUGGGCUGGCAAUCAAACAAAUUUGGCAUAUGCUGAGCAUGAGCAACCAAUCUGCAGGCUUUUCCAUGACCUGAUGCCGUGCAAGAGCAGGGUUUCCCAUGCAUGCAGAGCAGAGCUGAACAAGGCAGCAUGGUGACCAGUGGUGCUUGGACAUUUGGUGUCAGUAGCCGAUGGGCUUCGGUGAGCCAUGCUAUGCAAGUUGAUCCAAUGAUCCCAGCACUGUUGUCAUCUACAUGAAGAGAACUGGGACGAUGGACCUGAGCUCAGUCUUGGACACCAUUAAGGCCUCGCUCGGCAGCUUGGGAUCCAAUCCAUGAGAUUAUUCAAUCCAGGCCAGGAAUUAGUUGACCCACUUGGUGGCACUCAUUCCGGGCCUGAGUUUAACUCUUCAGCAGAACCAAUCCAGGUGGCUCCAAAUUUGCUGUUCGGUUUGGCCAGGAUCCAUCCAGGACUGUUCACAACAUGUACACAUACAUAUCCAAGCAUUUAACUAACACAGCAGAAUAUAAUCAAGCUUGAAAUAAUUCAAAUUACCAUGCAAAGCAAACCCAGCAGAAAUUUCACAACCUGACAAACAAAUUGCACAGACACACAAGCAUUUUACUGUUCAGCACUACAGGCUUGAAACCAGGACAAUAUACCAGGAACAUGCACAGGCACACAAACUGAACUGUCUAGCACCAACAUUACAAGAUUGUGCCAUGUAAAGUCACACAUUCAGCCCUACUAUUCUGUGUGCAAACACUUGUAAAAUAAAAAGAUAGUUGUUGCUGCUGAUGUUAAUGAGACACCAAAGUAUACUUGCA